AUGGCCUGCCAGGUCCUCCAGAGUGCAAAUCGUUCUGUCUACAGAGAGGGAUCUUCCGCCGUCGAGAGAGUCGAAGAAUCUCUUCGCAGGCCCUCUACAGAAUACCCCACCCUCGGUGGUGAAGAGCUCCUGCAGGCUUCUAGCUUCCAAGGGUUCUUCAUUGGAGGUGGUGGCUUCCAACCAGUCUGCACUGCAACUGAAAAACCAUUAAUUAGUUAA